UCCGACCUUCUGAAGAAAGUUUUCUGACAGUCCCAAAAACUUUUUAGUUAAUAAGUAAACAGCAGACAAAGUUCUGUAGUUAGUCGGACUAUUUCUCUGUGUAGGAAAGCUUUGGCUGUAGCAUCAUGCCGUCUCCAUCCCGCCGGCUGCAGACCAAGCCGGUUAUCACCUGCCUUAAGUCCUUGCUUAUAGGUUACAGCCUGAUAUUUUGGAUUACAGGGGUCAUCCUUCUGGCUGUGGGAAUCUGGGGCAAGGUCAGCUUGGAGGUGUACUUCUCCCUUGUUAAUGAGAAUACCAACACUCCAUAUGUGUUGAUAGGCACUGGAGCUUUCAUUGUCAUCUUUGGCCUUUUUGGCUGCUUUGCAACAUGUCGUGGGAGUACAUGGAUGCUAAAACUGUAUGCCAUGAUUUUGUCUCUGAUAUUCUUGGCAGAGCUGGUAGCUGCAGUCUGUGGCUUUGUCUUUAGGCAUGAGGGUUGUGUAAAGUUGCUGAGUGGUGUUAUGGAGUCGAACUUGGGAAUUGUGGCUGGGAUAGCCUUUGGUAUUGCAUGCUUCCAGUUAGUUGGGAUUUUUAUAGCCUGCUGUCUUUCUCAUUAUAUCACAACGAACCAGUAUGAGAUGGUGUGAGCUUGGAUUCACGAAUAAGAUCAGGACCAUUUCUGUCAUCAAAUACAGAAUUUUGCCAUACUCACAAGGACUCUUUUUAAAGAGCGAUCUUGAAUUUUAAACCAUCAAGUGAAUUUUAAGACCAGCUGGGAAGAUGUGCAUGCCUGAGUUUCUUACAUUAGCUAAACUGAAUUUUUACCUUCAGUUUUUGUCUCUGCUAUUUUGACGGCACCCAAUUGCUACAACCAUCAAUUCUAGUUUGAACCAGGAUGUUAUCCUCCUCAUGUCCUGUUUUGUCAAAUCCGUGAUGCGUGUUCGUACAAAACAUUACCUAGUGACCUUUGCCUGGGUGUCUUCCACAGUGUCUGUCUGGUGGCGGUACCUUUUGACUUGUUCUGAAUGCUUGCUUCAUAAUUUAUUACCCUUUUAAACUGCUUUAUAACUUACCGCUCAGGCUGACAUAUCCACAUUAAAUAUCUUAACAUAUUUAUGCUAAAAACUUGAGGAUACGCCUGAAAAUUGCAGGAAGUAUUCACUGUACAGGCAUUUCAGUAAAAAAGAUUUAUUUUUCCAAUAUAUUUUGUAGACAUUUUCUAGAACAUACAUGGAUAUCUUAUUCAUGUAGUACUUUUGCAGGUUAACUUGCAUAAUACCAUGAUUAUUUGCAAUGGGGCAAUGUCCCCCUCUCUGUCAUGCAUAUUGGCUUAGUAAUUCUGUGUGCCAUACCAAAACUUAAUUAUUUGAAUGCUGUUGUGUAGGCAUGAAUAUAUCCUCAGUAGUAAGCUUUUUGUUCUUCUGCAGGAACAUUAGUUUGAGAUGGUGUAGACCAGGUGAUUCCCCCACCCCCAUAUUUACUUAAAAUGUAUCUUCAGAGCACUUUAUGUAACUGAGAGAACUAACUCUGGUUUCUGAGAUGGUCUUCACUUUUGCAAGCCAUCAUGCAAACAAUAUUGUGGCAGUCAUCAGCAUAUGCUGUUAAAUGCAAAAAAUGCUAAAGUGAAAGAACAUUUUAGUUGUAGCUGAACUUUUCUACAGGUCUUAAGGUGAAGCUAAAUUCAGGUUGUAACCACAGACUUCACAGGGUGCAGACCUGUGUAGCACUGCAUUUUAUCAGCCAUCUGCUUGGGCAGCUGCCACCUCAGGAAACUAAUUGCUAUUUUGAUAUAUUUUACUUAUGUUCUUUAUUCUGUAUUUCAAUAUUUUUUAUCCAGUUAUGUUUUGCCACCCCAUUGACCAGGGACCCACUCUGAAUUUAAAACUGAACAGAUGUGCAAUCCCUACUUCUGUCAAGACUCAGCCCAAGUGCUGCUCUUUUAGUGCAGUGGUUGGUGGGGUUGAUAUUCUGCCCUUCUGAGGCAGAGGGGCCUGGGCAACUAGGAGGAUCCCAUGUUGGCUUAUCAGUGAUCUGUUUUUCACCCACCACUGUAAUUUCCUCACCUUUUUAGACUAAGUGACAUCAAGUCAUAAUUUUGAGCUGUCUGUGAUUCUUUGAAGGUCUGUACCAUGUCUCCUGCAGCCUGUCUGUAAACCAGUUUUGGCAUCUUCCUAUGGCCAUUGCCAGCCCCUUCCCUUGACCUUCAGUUGUGCCUUUUGCCAGCCUGUCUGUUGACUUCCCUUCUGGCCAUUUUGGGAGAUAGCACAGAUGUGCACCAGUGUUCAUUCUCACUCCUAGCAUGCAGCAUGCUAGCCAGUCAGUCCACCCAGGCUGAGGUAGCUGUACAUGGGUCCUCUGAAACACAGAGACCUGCACUAUUUCUGCACCUGUCAGUUACAUCCUUUAGUUGCCUUUGUUUUUUACUGUCUGCAUGAUCCAGGUUAGUUACACUGGCUAUUUCAAAAUGAAACCAUGCAUCAACUGCCUGAUGUUCAUACAAUAGUAUUGCCAGUAUUUCUAUGCACUUCAUGAGAUCUUUCAUUUAAGAUACUGUAGGCUUUAUUUAAUGUUGCACAGUGUAGGGGGGGGGGUUAAUAUAAAAGAAACUGUGAAAUAAAUGGAUACAUUUAAAGUGAUGCAGAGUCCGUUUUCACUGACCACAGUGAAAUUGUUUGAAGAGCCACUUCUGAAAUCCUCCUUGAAUUCCUUUGCAGUCAGUGGCUUAUCUGUGUGCCCCCCUUCACUCAAGUAAAAACUAAUUGUUAAAUCAUAGAAUGUUGGGGUAUAUUUGUUUGCAUAGUACUUUUAACUCACCAUUGGAUUUAUUGAGGACAUUUUAUUGAUGUGCUCUUGAUUUCACUCUGGUCAGCCAUAGUGCUUCCCCACUAAUGGGACUAAUCAGUCCUUUUAAAUUGAAAAUGUGUCUAGGUUUUAAAGUACAAUUUUGGAGGCUUUUGUUGCGUCUCAGGGAAACAAACUACUAAACAUUAUGAGAAUAUGGUAGUAUAAAAGCAUUCAUUUACCUUUCUGAACUGAGCCAUGUACUACCUUCAGUAAAUUGUGUGGGCAGUCUCCGAGUUGCAUGUUACUAAGGCUUCUGAUUUUUCAUUCCGCUAAUAGUAUUAUUGUACUUGACUCGUCUGGAGUGGUAGUUUGGAUCCUGAAACAAGGAAGUGCGGUGCUAACAACCUUAACGUACAGUUUCCCAGCAACAUUUCUUUGCAACAACUGUACUAACAAUAAAUAUGAACUAAAAUUUGCAUCAGUCUAGUAUCGCAUAAAAUAUUGGAACAUGAGCUGACGCAGAAACAGAUCAUACUGAACAAUGCAUAAUGUCUGCCAACAUAAUACUCUAUAACAAUUAUGUAAUUACCACCUGAAUUAAUAACCGUAAAUAACAGUAAGCAUGGUCUAACCACAUUACCAGUUAAGGACACACACAGGAUUUAAAACACACUGCAACAUGAGCAGAUGUAACGGUAAUAAUUAUAAUGAACAUCGUAUAAGGACUAAUACUUAAAAACACCAUUUUCCACCACAACAUUGCAUAUGUUUUUAUUAGACAUUUGCCACUAAUCUUCAAAUUGUUAAACAAAAAAUCUGAGCUGACAUAUUGCCAAGUAAUUCAUCAAGGCUGACAUUCAAGCUUGCUUGUUUUAACGUGUUGUUGUUAGUCUUCGAAAAUAUGUCCAACAGGUGGUGGUGGUAAGUAGUAGUAAAAAUUUGUAUAAUUGCUGCUUUGGCAAAUGACCAUAUCUUAGUUGUCCAAGUGCACAGCCUCCAAGUAUGUUGCAUUAGCUGCAGCCCCCCCCCCUUUUUAAUCUAUGAUCUAUUUUAAUUACCACCUUUAAGUGUUUCUUUUUUAGUCCAUCUUAUGUACGUUUUCCCCAUCACUGUCCUGUUUUCAUAUUUACUAGUAUGAGUGAGAGUACAAUAUGUCGCAUGCCUACCUCUGCUGUAAUGUAGUGCUCGUUAUGUCUUCUUUACUGACGGCAAGCAGAUUGCUUCCGUUGUGAUGUAGUGCUUCGCAUGAGUUUCUGAUUGGCUGUAAUCACAAAAUAGGUUGCUGGUUACAGCUCUGACAUCUGACAUUCUACAACUGGGAAUUGCAUUGUCACUUACCAUUAAUACAACAACCGCUUAAGGCAUGGAUGAGGCAGCUUUUCAGACAAGAGAUCCUCUGCUAUUUAGGACAUUCGUACAGCUGAAUUUCUUGUCAUCUUUAUACCUUACAAAUUUUGGCUUCAGAUUUGUAUUUGCAGUACAUUUUGCAGAUCAGGUUGUAGCAUGGAACCAUAGAGAGAGCAUGUCUAUAUCUGUUAUAGUAUUCUGUGAUAAAUGCCGGUACAAGAUUUCCGUGCCUCUGAUGGUUGGCUUGAACUAGAGGUUUUUUGUUUUUUUUUGUAUUUGUUGAUUGGGAAGAUUAGACUGAGAAUUGUUUUCAUUAGUGUCCUAGAGGAAAAAAAAAGCUCCAUUACAAGCUGAAUAUAACAUAUGUUGCAAGAGAAACUUGUGUUACAUUGUCCGUUAUAGUAAAAAAAAAUGCAUUUUUGUAUCCAUUCCACAGAAAUUUAAGAUAUGAACUAGGUUAUAGAGACAGAUCGUACACAAAUGAAAAUGAAUGCAAACCAUCAAAACAAAAGUAAUUAAUUGCAUAAUGCAAUAUUGAAGAAACAGAUUAGUGCAUGCAUUUCAACGAAUACAGUAUUACAGUUGCAUUACCAAAUGUGUCAGUUAAUGAGAUGAUUGGCUAUAUCUAUUUCUAAAGAUAUUUUAUUGUACUCAGGAUUGUUAAGAAAGGCAUUUGCCACAAAAUGUAUGGUAUUGAUUUCACAAGUAAUAGAUGUUUUUUUUUUUUUUUUUUUUUUAUAGAUAAAGGGUAUCUGUCUUAGUUUGACAGACCCUCUUGGUAAGUGAAAUGUGUAAAAAGAUAAAUUGCAUGAAAGGGUUACUAAUGUAUGGAGAGAGGAUCAGAAUGAGAGUGAAUUAUCAGAGGUAAAGGUCAAUUGUGCUAGGAACCGAGAACUCUGGACACCUCUUUAUUUGCUAGUGUUUCUCAUGCUGGUGACCAUCACCUAGUCCUGAAAGCUUUUGCUCAGACCUCAUAAUGGGAUUUUAUUCUUUGACAGGGGACACUAAAGGAGGACAUGCUAAUUAGAUAUGACUGUUUUUAACUUUCAUCUCUUGGAAUUUCUUUUCCCAGUCAGGUGUCAAAUUACUCAGUUCAUGAAAUUGCUGUGGUGCUGCAGAGAGUCUGGAAUAAUUUGUGAAAAAUAAUAGCCAGAGGACAUGAAAUAUGUGUCAGUAGUUGAAUUAAUUUUCUUGUUAACAAGCAGAUUUAGGAAACCAAGAAGACAUGGACAGUGUGCAGGUACUUCUCCAGAGCAACCCAAGUUAUUGCCAAACCUCUUAAAGGCAAGGCAGAGGCAUUUACUGCUGUCAGUAUAGAUAGUGGUUUUAACUGACAUUUAAGUACUACAUAUUCACAUAAAUCUCAAUUAUGCAUACAUUCUGUAAGUUAAUGAGCAUGCCAUUGUCUUAAAAUUAUUUUUAUACACUUUUUUAUAAUGGAAUGCUUGGACUUUUUUAAGACUUGUAAUGGGUCUUUUGAUAUAAAAAAAUCUGAAUGUUUAAAACGAGUGAUUUUUUUAGAUGAUCAUAUGAAGCAGUACGAGACUUCAUCUGUAGUCAAAUGGAGAAACCUCCAAGUGCAUUAUAUUUUAUAGUCAGUUUAACUAGCAGUGCAAGUUUACGUUUUUAGAUUAAUGUGCAUUUCCAGUACACUUUGGUAUAUGUCUGUGUUUUGUUAGUCUUUUUCCAUGUAGCAUUUGGUUGUCUGUGAAAUAGAUCAUUGCCUUUGUGAGGUAGUGAAUAAUGUUAGGUGCUGCCUGAGUUUUUUCUGUAAUGUUGUAUUUUAUUGCCUGAAAGUAAUAAACUCUUAUUUGUGCA